AUGGAGGUCGGCAUUUUCGAUAUUCUGCUACUGUUCUCCUCGUUGGCUAUCUCGUUGGCGGUCGUCGUACCACUGGCCGGCGUGCUUGUGCGAUUCCGGGCAAACUACAAUCCGAAGAGCCUGCAGUUAGACCCUGAAGAUGGACCACAACCACACACGGGUCCAAUAAUCAAUUCUUACUUUGGGAUGUUCAAGAGGGUGUACCAGCUGGAGAGAUUAAGUGGCUUGUACAAGGGGUUCAUGCCUACAUUCCUAUCUACUACGGCGGUCACUCUUGUCCUCUUAUUGGCUAUGGAUGACCCCAAACCUCGACAUGGGCGGUAUAGCGCGCCCGAUACUGGCGUACUUGGCACCCUUUUCUAUGGAAUACUCAUGAGUUUGAUCGGCCUACCCACGGUGAUAUUGACCUACCGGUCUACUACAACGCCACACAAACUACCAUGGUUGAACCUCAUGCAGUCACUGCGCGUUUUACUUACCCCAACGGAGAGAAGACGACCCUGGGUGCUUUAUCUCACACCGGGGCUGCUUGCUGCUGAAUUUGCCCAUGUGGGUUAUGUGACUCUUGUACUGGGAACGCUUCGUCGCCUUCUCCUCCCCGCAUUGUCCAAGCCUGGGAUCCCGACCCCAUCUGAUUUCCCCCCAUUGCGAACCAUCAUCUAUAUUUCCGUCGUCGUCGUUAGCACUGUUGUUUUGACGCCGUUGGAAGUGAUUUCGACCCGACUUGCCAUCCAACGCAACCACGCAUUAUCAGAACACAACUCCGUGUCACAGGAAGUUGACGGUGAUGCAGAAGAUCUCCCUGAAUAUUCUCCCGAGGAAGACGUCAUUGGUCUCAGAAAUGAGGAAGAUCCAUACAUCGGAAUUGUGGACUGCGCACAGAGAAUUCUACAGGAAGAGGGUUUGAGGGCUCUGUAUCGCGCCUGGUGGAUAACCAUGCUGGGCGGACUCGCUGCCGCGUUCACAUGA